UCCCCCCCUCAGCUUCUCUCGCGCUUUUUCAGCUUUAUAAAACCGCAUUCCUCCUGCAUGUUUCGACUCCUUCCUGAUUCUCGAGUUCUCAAGAGUUCACCGUGUAGGAAUUCUCCCUCAGCGUGUUCAACCCUUGCCUCCUCAUUUCGCAGCGCUUCCUCCCUCUAUAAUAACCCUGUAUCCCUUCAUCUCUCUCUCUCUAUCCCAUCUGUAUUAUUCGUGUAGACUUAGCGGUGUUCCCGAUCUUCUUGUGACUCCAGUACACCGCCAAUCAGGCCUCAACCCCCGCCUGCUGCACCCCCCAAAACAAAUCCAUCCACAACAUUGUUCUUCCACUGCUGCUCAUCUGUUAAAUCUUUCUUUUCAAUUCUCGUAUUUGAUCUUCCCAGAUGGCCGCUCUCAUGAUGACCCCCGCUGCAGUGCGUCAGCCUUUUGCGACUCUGGAUGCCUCGCGCAUGCGUUCUUUCGUCCGCGCCAAGUUGAACCUCCAGAACAAGCAGAACGGUGCCAUCAUGAUGUCCAGCAAGAGACAACCUCUGUCCGACGUGGACUCGGAGAAUAUCGAUCCAAUCACCUCCAAACUCUCCACCAAACGGAAGCGGACCGUCGACGACGACGACGACAACGACGGCCUCGAGCCCGUCAAGGGAUCGGUCAAGCCCAUGAAGACUUCCCGCAUGCUGUUGGAUAUCGCAGACUCGACCUCCAUCUCCUUCACCCCUUCCACCCCCAAGUCCUCCCCGUCCCUCAAGCCCGCGGGACGCUCUCCGCAAAUGAAAGCGUGCAAGCCAUUUGCCCGUCGGUCAACGAUUGCCAAGAACCGCCCGGAAUCCGCCUCGCGCAAGAGCAUCGGCCGUCCCUUCUCCAUUGCCGCGGCCUUGUCCAAUGCGAAGCCCAAGAGCCAGUCAGCCCCGUCCAAGGUUCCCGCAUCCUGGUCCUUUGAGAUCUAUGUCGACUCGGAGCAGGAGGAGAUGACCAAUUUGAUGCAACACUCGACCUGCGUGUUGGACAUUAGCGAUGACGAGGGGAAGCAGGAGAUCGAGUCGAACCGCCGGGGGAAGGAGAACAUCCCUCCGGCCGAACUGGGUAUCGCUCUUCCCCACGCUCGUCAGCAGGAGUCCCCAGCAGCGGCAGCGCGCAAAUCCGUCCUGGAGGAGGAGUCUCGCGCGCCAUUGGGGGAGCUUCAUGCUGCCGAUUAUUACGGCGAAGACUGCCAUGCCUUUUCGUAUGCCGUGGUCUACGAUGACGAGACCGAGACCGAGGCUCCCGAAAGCAAGCAGGCUGGUGUUUCUGUGGGCCGUCCGACCCAUCCCACCCGAAGCAAGCUGUCCAGUGUCUCUUCUAUUGAAUCUGUGCCCGAAGAUACUGUGAGCCCGUUGAAACCCACCAAGGAAACGGCCGUCUCACCAUCAUCCAAUGCGGAGAUCGAGAUUUGGGAAAGCGGAAGCGUUACUGAAGAAGAGACAACGGAGUCGACAGAGGCCGGGCCCGCGUCCACAUCCACUCGCUAGCUAUCUUUUCCAUUCCUUAUAGUACUACUAAUUCCUGGCGUUCAUUCACACUACAGAUCGGAUCCCGGCG